GAGGUGCCAUGUGCUUCCUGUCUACACGCCAUUCACCUCCCUGAGCUCCAACAGGAUGGAGGUCCUGCGCGCUGCUGCUUCUUCCUGCACUUCAGCCAACUGAAAUAAAUUUCACAGUUUGUGGUGUUUUAUCCUGUGUUUUUAAUCAUCGUUUCUAUCUGGACACAUUAAAUCUGAAUAUUCUUCCCCUUACCUUUUUAGUUGUAUUUUUCCACCCUAAACAUCGCUGGAGUGCGCUGUAUUUUCAGGAGAAAAAGGCUUCCAGGGAUGGAGUCGAUUCCCGGACAUCUUGGAGACGCGGGACGAGACGCCAGCUCUUCCCCGAGUUUGAAGCAGGACGCUCAAAGGUUUUCCAGCCCCAACUCCUUCAAACCAAACCAAGUGAGUGAGACCUCCCUGUACGGGGUGCCCAUCGUAUCUCUGGUCAUAGAUGGGAAAGAGAGACUCUGCCUGGCACAGAUUUCCAACACCUUGCUGAAAAACUACAGCUACAACGAGAUCCACAACCGCCGGGUGGCUCUGGGUAUCACCUGCGUGCAGUGCACGCCCGUCCAGCUGGAGCUCCUGCGGCGCGCCGGGGCCAUGCCCAUCUCAUCCAGGCGCUGCGGCAUGAUCACCAAACGGGAGGCCGAGCGCCUCUGCAAGUCAUUUCUAGGGGCGCACAGUCCCCCGAAGUUGCCGGAAAAUUUUGCCUUUGACGUGUGUCAUGAAUGCGCCUGGGGCUGCAGAGGCAGCUUCAUCCCCGCCAGAUACAACAGCUCCAGGGCAAAGUGCAUCAAGUGCAGCUUCUGCAGCAUGUACUUCUCCCCGAACAAGUUCAUUUUCCACUCCCAUCGCACGCCGGAGUCCAAGUACCUGCAGCCGGACGCGGCCAACUUCAACUCCUGGAGGCGGCACCUGAAGCUGACGGACAAGAAGCAGUCUGAUGAUAUAAACCACGCAUGGGAGGAUGUAAAGGCCAUGUUUAACGGGGGUAGCAGAAAGAGGACUCUGCCAAUGAGCGGGUCGGGGAUGUCAUCGUCGUUGAAAUCUCAGGCCUCGUCUAGUUUGGCACCAAUGAGUUCUCCUGAAAUCCCCCAUAAAACUUCGCGGUGCGACGAGGAGCAGGGAAGCAAUAAUUUAAGUUUGGCAGGCGGAGCACGGAGCUACCCGCUCAUCCCGGUGCCGAGCAAGAGCUUUGGCAUGCUCCAGAAGAUCCCCCCUCCUCUCUUCCCUCACCAUCCGUAUGGCUUCCCCAGCUAUGGGCUAUGUCAGAAAAAGAGCGACGGGGUGACCGAUGGUAACAAAUCCAGUGUUCCUGGAGUGUUUUGGCCCGGCGCAAAGGACUCCCUCUACCCAGCUUUUCCCAUGUUCUGGCCUACAGCUGGUGGCCUGCCCAUCCCGCCCUACGCGGGUGCUCCACCUAAACCUCCGGCAGAGCGGCCGGGUGUCCGGCAAACUGAGUUGGACCUAUCUGACCAAAGCGACCGGGCCGCAAACACACCCAAAGACACAACCCCGCACCCUCACCAUGAGCGCAGUCCCAGCUCCCAGUCCUCCUCCACUAGAAACGACGAGGACAAGUCCGGGGACGAGGCCUCUCAGAGGAAGAUUAGCUACAUCUCAGCCUUCAGACCCGUGGUCAAAGACGCGGAGACCAUCGCCAAACUCUACGGCAACCGGGACGGAUUCGGUGCGCGCCCCGGCUACCUGUCCCCGGAUUUCAUCAGCGAGAGCUCCAGCUACAGAUCAGCGUCUCCGGACAGGGACAGCGUGGUGGACGACGAAGACGACGACCCGGACGUGGACGUAGAGUCCAACCGGGGUCCGGAGGAAGAGGAGUCUGUCCAGAUCUCCCCAGGUGGAGACCUCCGAGGCUCCCCUGUUCUGGAGCGAGUCUGCUCUGUUGCUGAGGAGAGCCAGGAGCGGCCUGACGGCUCCUCCAGCCCCGGGGCGUCUGGGGCGUCACCGCAGGGCUCUUCGGAUGAGGACCGGCAGAUGCGCAGCGGCUCCCCUCUUCAUGAGGUGUACACCCAUGAACCAGACGGCCCGGUGCUCCUGAACGAACGUCCUUCCUCCAGCUCCAAACAGCCGAGCAGACCCAGCGGUGUCCUCCACAUGGCUGAAAUACAGACGCAGCGCUGCGCACCGUCCUAUCCAGAGCAGAAAGACAGACAAGGUGAUGGAGCUUUACGCAUCGACAUCAGUGUGCAUGAGCGAGAUUUGGAGAAUAUGGCCAAAGAGGAGUUGCAGAAGCAGCUGGUGGAGCAAGUGGAGCUGAGGAAGAAGCUGGAGAGAGAAUUUCAGCAUCUGAAAGAUAAUUUCCAGGAUCAAAUGAAGCGUGAGCUGUCCUACAGAGAGGAAAUGGUCCAGCAGUUGCAGAUUGUUCGAGACACUUUGUGCAGCGAGUUGGACCAAGAGAGAAAGGCUCGUUAUGCAAUACAGCAGAAACUAAAAGAAGCUCACGACGCCCUUCACCAUUUCUCCUGUAAGAUGCUCACUCCUCGUCAGUGCAAUGGAGCCUGCGCCUUCAAGUCCCCUCUGCUGCCCCCUUAGUGCCACCACCCUGCAGCUGACAGCAGCCCAGCUCAAAAAAGCACCCACACACGUAAAGAUCCAGUCUCGAGAGCCUUCAUGUGUUCACCUCUCCGACCUGAAACCCAAGGAUUCCUGCUCCUACUGCUGCUGCGGUACGGAUACACCUCUGAGAGAAUCCAUCAAGGCUCUGGAGUAGAUGGAUUCUGCAGCGAUCUCUCCUCUAAAGAACUGGACUCUUGUGUUAAGGAGAUCAUGUGAACUUCAUGCUGUGAAUCAGAGGAUUGUUGAUCUGAAGCUGCAAAGCUCAAACCAAGGAGGUCAAUGAAUUAAAACUGUCUGCUCUUUCACUAUUCUGAAGAGAGAAAUACUACAUUAUAUACAUACAAAAAAAUAUAUAUAUAUAUGUACGUAUAUAUAUGUAUAUAUAUAUAUAUAUACAUAUAUAUAUAUAUAUAUAUACAUAUAUAUAUAUAUAUAUGUAUAUGAUGUGACAAUGUGCAAUGGUUUGUAUAAUUGUGAUUUUAAGUUAACACCUCAUUUGUUAGAUUUUGUUCCAUUUUGAAUAUGUUUUUACAUGUAUUUGUAAUUGAACUUUGAUUUCUACACUGUGUAUGUCAAUAAGCACUUUAAAUGGACAACAUUUCGAAAUGUGGACACCAAAUUCUCUCCUCCAAUUCGUCUUGUGUUAUAACUACAGCACCUAGUAAUGAGCACUUACUGCAGCGGCCCUUCAGGUUUUACUUCACAGUAUUAACUGUAACAAGCUAAAAGGAAAGACAAUGCACUGAUGCAGCUGUUUGAGAAUGCGUGUUUCUCAAUUUUAGUUUCUGUUAAAUAUAUGUCUGUCUCAGCAAACGGAACCAAAAUCUUUUCUGUUGUCUGAAGCACUUUUUAUAAGAAGAAAAACACUGUCUCGAGUAUGAAAACUAUGGUUCUCACAGCUUCUUUUUCAUUUUGUCGCUCUUGUUGAUCUUUCUUGUAAGAAAAAUCAACUCAAAAGCAGCCCUAAAAGAAUCAAACCCUGCUUUCUGACAUAAACACACAAUUCUCCUGUUUAUCUCUGUACAAAUGCAAAUAAAACUUGAAAAGCUC